UUCUUUCACUAAUCACUACUGCUGCCUGCGGAAAGAAAUUCACCUUUGUACUUUUGCAGGCGCUGAUCUUUUGAUCGCUAUAUAUAUAUAUAUAUACAUAUAUGCAUCUUGCAACCGCAAUUCCACGCAGAUUUUUUGUGUUUGAAUUGUAUCUGGAUAUGGAAGUUUGUGUUUGUAGUUAGAGAGAGAGAGAGAGAGGAGAGAGGAAGAGAGAUGCGGAAGGAGUACAGCUGUGAGAGUGUGGCGUCAAUGAAGAGUAGAGAAAUGGAAGAAGACGAGCAGGUGCUUUGUUGGAAGAGGAGGAGGUUUUGUUCUGAAGUUGAAAAUGAGCGCCAGGAAGUGGUGGUGGAGAAUUUCGUAGCGUCGCCGGCGGCGUCCUGGACCUCUGGUUGCUCCAAGGAUGGUGAAUCAAAGGACGUUGUGAAGAGUUUGAGAGCAAGUACAGAUCUGGAGAAUCUGGAGUUGAAGCUGGAUGGUUAUGAAAGAGAAAAUUCUACGUCGAUGGCCGGGGGUUUCAGUCGAGAGACAACUCCGACCAGCGAGCUUUGUGGAGAUUCGGAGGAAGUUUUGAUGAACUCAGUAGCGUCCACGCCGACAAAGAAGUCACCCGUGCCUCCGUCGAUGAGUCGCCGGAAGUCUUCAUCAUCAUCGGCGGAAAAGAUGCCAUCGGAGGCGGAACUGGAAGAAUUCUUCACGACGGCGGAAAAGUACGAGCAGAAGCGAUUCGCUGAAAAGUACAACUACGAUAUAGUGAAGGACGUUCCGUUGGAGGGGAAGUAUCAGUGGGUUCGUUUGCAUUAAGAAGAAACCAUACCAGGCACCUUCUGAUUCCUCCUCCUGUUACUUUCUCCUCCUCCAUUUUCUAGGUGAAGCUCUACUGUUCAAAAGGAGGACGACAUUAAUCCAAUUCAACUUUUUAUCCCUACACUAAAUCUGCCUCUCUCUCUCUCUCUCUCUCUACGAUCUGUAUAGCAUAAUUUCCCAAUUUUCUGUAAAGCAGCAGCAGCAGCAGCAGGACAGGAGGUAAUUAUAAUUAGUUAGUUUUCUCCAAGUGAAUUACUCCAUUUCUUAAUCAUGCUAAUUGAUGAUAGACAAGUGGAUAUCAUUGUCAGAACCGACUGAGGAAGGGUAGCUAGCUAGCUAGCAAAUUGAUCUGAGGUAGGUUUUAACUGCUUUCUCAGUAACAUGUUUUUGCGCAUCUCUUCCAAUUAAUUGAGAAGGGCCUUUUUGUUUUCUUCA